UAAUUCGUUCAUCAUCAUCAUCAUUAAAAUAAUCGAUUAAUUCGUUCAUCACCAUCUUCAUCUGCAAUCGAUAUUCAAAAAAAAAUAAUAAUAAUAAUUCAUCAUGCCUUUCAUACCGAUUAUCAAUCAGGAUACGGAAGAAUUAUGGAAACGUUUCAAUGAAAAAAUUGAAGAACCAAAAAGUCAACGACGUAUUAUAUUGUUUAUUGUUUGUGUUGCAUUAUUAUUGGAUAAUAUGCUUUAUAUGGUUAUUGUACCGAUAAUACCGGAUUAUUUACGUGAAAUUGGUGCAUGGGAAACACAUGUUGAAGGUGCUGAAAUUGAAUAUAGAAAUGUAUCGAAUAAAUUUGUACCAUUUCGUAUUGGUGGUACAACAGUUUAUGAAGGUGAAGAUUCAGCUGUUGGAAUGUUAUUUGCAUCGAAAGCAAUUGUUCAAUUAUUUGUCAAUCCAUUUUCCGGUGCUAUCAUUGAUCGUAUUGGUUAUGAAUUGCCUAUGAUGAUUGGUCUUGGUGUUAUGUUCUUUUCUACGGCUGUAUUUGCUUGUGGUCAAAGUUAUGGUGUAUUAUUUUUAGCCAGAUCAUUACAAGGUGUUGGUUCAGCAUUUGCCGAUACAUCCGGUUUGGCAAUGAUUGCCGAUCGUUUUACUGAAGAAAAUGAACGACAACGUGCAUUGGCCAUUGCAUUAGCAUUUAUAUCGUUUGGUAGUUUAGUAGCACCACCAUUUGGUGGUAUUCUAUAUCAGCUUGCUGGUAAAGAAGUACCAUUCAUAAUAUUAUCAUUAGUUUGUUUGAUCGAUGCAUUUUUAUUGAAAUUUGUGAUGCAACCAAAUAAAGAUUUACAAGAAGAAUGUUCAUCGGUAGAAAAACCGGCCGGUACACCAAUACAUACAUUAUUAAUGGAUCCAUAUAUUUGUUGUUGUGCCGGUGCAUUAAUUAUGGCAAAUGUAUCAUUAGCAUUUCUUGAACCAACAAUAUCAUUAUGGAUGGAAGAUACAAUGCAUGUUGAAGAAUGGCAAAUGGGUUUAGUUUGGUUACCAGCAUUUUUUCCACAUGUAUUAGGUGUUUAUUCUACUGUAUAUUUAGUAGAAAAAUAUCCACGUUUACAAUGGUUUUUUGCUGCAUUUGGUCUUGCAUUAGAAGGCAUUUGUAGUUUUAUAUUACCAUUUUCAAAAUCAUUCUGGUUUCUAAUAUUACCAAUAUCCGGUAUUUGUUAUGGUAUUGCAUUAGUUGAUACAUCAUUAUUGCCUACACUUGGUCAUCUUGUUGAUUUACGUUAUGUAUCGGUUUAUGGUUCUAUUUAUGCUAUUGCCGAUAUUAGUUAUUCAGUUGCAUAUGCAAUUGGACCAAUUAUUGCCGGUUCAAUUGUUGAAUCAAUUGGUUUUACAGCAUUAAAUGUUUGUAUUGCAUUAACAAAUUUAUUAUAUGUACCGGUAUUAGCAACAUUACGUCAUGUUUAUGAUUAUGAACAAUUUGAACCGGAAAAUAUUGGUAUGACUGAACAACAAACAAUUAUACAACAACAACAACAACGACUACCAUAUGGACAAUCGGGACAACAACAACGUUUAAUAAUGGUUGGACAAUCACAACAACAACAACAAAAUCAACAAUCUUCUUAUGUUCAAAACAAUUAUUCGUCAACAAAUGAAAUGAACCGUAAUAUGAUGUCCGGACAACAUCAACAACAACAACAACAACAAUAUCAAGAGCCAAUAACACCACCACAAUCAAAAUACAAUCCAUUCACAUCAACAACAACAACAUCGUAAGACACCGAUAAAUAAUACCGAUUAUAAUCCGUUCCAAUAAAAUGAACCAAAAUGAUUAUUGUAAAAACUAAAUGAAUCGGAA